AUGUCGUUACUGUAUUUAAUCGUUGGCUUGUUUUUAGUGGCUUUGUAUCCUCAUGGUUCUGAAGCCACCGCUUUAACAUACAACAUUGCAGCCAACGAAAAGGCCUGUUUUUAUAGUUGGGCAGACAAACCGGGAAAGAAGCUUGGAUUUUAUUUCGCGGUUCAACAAGGUGGCUCUUUUGACAUUGAUUUCGACAUUACCGGACCUAACGGUGCCUCUAUCUUAAACGGUGAACAUGAACGACAAGGUGAUUAUGUAUUCACAGCACAACAUGCUGGAGAAUAUGCCUUUUGUUUCUCCAACGAUAUGUCCACCUUUGCUGAGAAGCUUGUGGAUUUCGAAAUCUCUGUUGAGCAUGAAGUUCGACCUAAUUUUCAAAAGGAUGCCUCGGGUAAAGAACAACCUGCCACUUUAACCGAAAUGGAGGAAUCCUUGUUCAGAUUAUCAGGGUCUUUAACCAAUAUUGCACGUACUCAGAAAUACUUUCGUACACGAGAAAACAGAAACUUCGCUACGGUUGCUUCUACCCAGGACAGAAUCUUUUGGUUUGCAUUCAUGGAAAGUAUCGCCAUCAUGGCCAUGGCCGCUUUACAAGUCUUUGUCGUCAAGAACUUUUUCAACGUCAAGCGAGGUGGUGUUUAA